AUGUUGCACGGGCUUGCCACACUGGAACAUGGAAUCGUAUGGCACACCACAGGUGCCAGCAAGGUGAGGAUGGGAUGGGUGGACAUUUGGCAAUGCCAACCACUUGAGAAAGGUGCUCCCUCCUCUUCCCCCUCCCCCCCUCCCACUCCCCCACCUCCCUUCCCCCCCUCCCCCCUCUCCCCCCCACUCCCCCACCUCCCCCCCCCCCCCCCCCUCCGCCCCCCUCUCUCCCCCACUACCCCCCACUCCCACAGCGACCUCUCUUACAACUAUUUCACAGGCGCCAUUGUGAAGCCUGUUAACGUGCUGGCUGUGCUUUCAUUCAACUACCUCUCGGGCACUCUUCCGCAGCAGCAGCAGACAGACUUGCUGGAUGCCAACUGCUUCAAGCUCGCUCAGGGAGAAACCAAGCCGGUGCAACGCCCUCAGUCAGCAUGCCAGGCGUUUUGUGGCAUCUCAAUUGGCAAGGCUGUUUCUAACGGCUUUGCCUUUGUCAUCUCGGCAACAAAAACGGCGGGGAGAAGUGAUGGAGUGGGGUAUGGAGGGAUGAACGAUCGAAGCAUGGCGAUAGAGUUUGACGUGCUCCAGACCAAGGCGCAUGAGGAUAUGAAAGAGCAGCACGUGGGGCUAAACAUCCAGGGCCAGGACAAAUCAAUCGCCACUGCGAAGUCCCCAUUCCCACUUGCCAACAAGCAGGCAUACACUGCGUGGGUCGACUAUGCACCAGGGGAUCCUGGCACAAUCCAGGUGUUCCUGGGAAAAACAGCAGUGAAGCCUGAGAAGCCGCUUUUAGACAGGCGGCUGUCGCUGUGUGCGGUGCUGAAGCCGGGACCACCGCAGGGGGAGGGGAUGCAGCAGCAGCCACGUGCGUUCUACUUUGGAUUUGUGGCAUCCACUACAGUGAAGCCGUUCAUGGUGCAUACCAUCCUCCGCUCUGCCCUGCGCACAGCCUACGGUUUGAACCUAUCACUGAACACAUUUGUGCCUGCACGAGCAAGUCCCUUUUCGCGCUAUGUGAGUGCUGACUACCAAGUGUCGGCCGGGCAGAAAGACUCGUGGGCCUUUCGGGACUUCCACUCCUGGGACUCCGUGCCCUUCCUUGGCUGGCCCAUCAAGGACCAAGGCAAUUGCAACGCAUCCUGGGCAUUCGCAGUGGUGUCAAGCAUAGAAGCAGCAUAUGGGAUUGCAACGAAUCUAGAGGCGCCGCAGUUGUCGGUGGACUCACUCUUCACAGCCAUGAAUCUGACCACCCUAGCAGCCAAGUGCACUACUGGAGGCUCCCCGACUGACGCCUUUGAGAAGCUGGUGGCUCUUCCUGGUGCAGCCAUCACCAUGGAAGGCAAUAAGGGCUUUGAACGCACUUCCUUCAAGGGCUACGUGGGGCUCAUGAUGGCAGUGCAGCGGCAGCCGUUGGUGGUUCACAUUGAAGCCUCUGUUGCCUCGUUUGUCAAAUAUGAUGGGGUGAGUGUUGGCUGGGACGAAUGA